AUGAAUAUGUUAGGGUUGGCGAAACGUACCAAAGCCAGAUUCUUGCUUUCAAGCACAUCUGAAGUCUAUGGAUCACCAGAACAACAUCCGCAAAAAGAGACGUAUUGGGGAAACGUAAAUCCGAUCGGGCCUAGGGCUUGUUAUGACGAAGGCAAACGAGUAGCAGAAGCGUUGACCUACGGCUAUGCGCGAGAGAACGGAGUAGAAGUACGAGUGGCGCGAAUCUUCAACACCUAUGGUCCCCGGAUGAGUCCGAGCGAUGGGCGGCUGGUUUCAAAUUUCAUCAUGGCGGCAAUCCGGGGAGAGCCGUUGGAAGUGUAUGGGGACGGCCAACAGACGCGGUCGUUGAUGUAUGUAUUCGACUUGGUCGACGGCUUGAUCAAGUUGAUGAACUCGGAAAACCAUGCCGAGGUGCAUGAAGGCCCCGUCAACCUGGGCUCCGAGGACGAACAGCCGGUCAUCGAAUGGGCUAGACUGAUCAUCGAUAUCGUCAACAACCUCAAAUCUCACCAUCCCCAUCAUCAUUCGAAGGCUUCGGAGGAGCCUUCCAAGUCUUCCGUUAUCGUGCAUAAAGACCCGCUUCCUGAUGAUCCCCCCAGACGUAGACCCGACUCUUCAAAGGCUAAACUGUUCCUCGAUUGGACUCCUAAAUGGUCCGCUAAAGCUGGCCUCGAAGAUACCGCUAAAUUCUUCUUCGAUCUCGUUCAUUCUGGUUACUCCUCUUAA